AUGGCUUCCAAGAAGAAGAACAUGGGCAAAAACCAGCGCGACCGCCUCAAGAAGCAAAAGAACCGCAGCCUCGUCCCCACCAACGCCUCAUCGUUCUCCCCAGAAGGCACCGACACCGACACCGAGUCCGCCCCCGAGAAGACCACCCUCGAUGUCACGAACUACAGCGCCGUCAGCAAGCUCUCCACCAACCUCCGCAUGUCCGAGCUCGUGAAAGAGAGGGUGUCCGUCGACGACAAGGGCCGGAAGCUGCGCGUCAUCAUGGGCGGCGAGAAGGAUAUGAACGAGUUCAUCAAACGCCUCGAGGACGAAGCCAAGCUCCAGGCCCAACUCACCCGCAUCUCGACUCGCUUCAACGCCCUGCGCUCUUCCCAGCUGAGCUGGCCUGAGGCCCGCCAGAUUGGCGACAGUAUCAACGAGCUCAUGGCGUCCAGCAAGGGUAUAAUCUUCGACGCCGGUGGCAUGCGUAAGAGAAGCAAAGUACCGGCCUACCCCGGUACACUGAAGCUGGCCUUGGACCGCGAGAACCCCAUGUAUGAUGCCCUUUCUCUGCAAAUGGACGCGUUCUUGGCUCUUGAGGAUAUUACUGCAAAGAUUGAGCAUGUCCGUUCUAGAAUGCCGGAGAAGAAUGGCCAGUGA